GCAGGCAUCGAUCCGACGAAUCGCAGUGCGCGCAGCCGCCAACAGGAUCCACCGCCUGCUUUUCGACUUGUCAGUGUUUAUCGGGGGUCAGCCUAAAAGACUACUUUGAUAGUCUUAUCUCGAUUUCAUCAAUGGACACCGCAUCGCACAAAAGUUUCCAUUGGAUAGUUUACAUGUGAUACAAGUCAGGCUCAAAGAUAUUAGUACAAACAAACAACUCUGCAAGAUGAAUGAACGCUCAAAGAAAGUCAGCUCCAUUUUCAGAAGACUUUUUAAAUCCUCCAACAAGGAAGGCGAAGGUCCGAGCAAACCGUCUCCUUCGGGGAGCGGUUCUCCUGGUAGAAGACUCCUCAGAGGGUGCCGGGAUCAAGUUUCCCCUGCGACUCCACAGGGGAGUCCCGGAUUCAGUGCCAAGGGAAAAAAAGGGGGGGAGGAAGUUCCCGCCAAUAAAACUGUGAGAGCUAGACGGUUGAUGAAGGAAUUCAGAGACCUACAGAAGCUUCAGAGCUCCAAGAAAGAUCCGGUGUUUACGGUGGAGUUGGUUGAUGAUAACCUAUUCGAAUGGCACGUCAAAGUUUGGAAAAUCGACUUGGAAAGUGAUCUAGGGAACGACAUGAAGGAACUGGGGAUAAACUUCAUUCUACUGCAUCUUAUAUUUCCUGAAAACUUCCCGUUCGCUCCCCCCUUUAUGCGUGUAAUAUCCCCGAGGGUAGAAAAAGGGUUUGUUAUGGAAGGAGGGGCUAUUUGCAUGGAACUGCUGACCCCCCGGGGUUGGGCUAGUGCCUAUACAGUUGAAGCCGUCAUAAUGCAGUUUGCUGCAAGUGUAGUGAAAGGUCAGGGUAGAAUACAAAGGAAGAAUAAAGGCCAAAAAGUGUUUUCACGAAGAACUGCCGAGGAAAGUUUUAGAAGUUUAGUUAAAACCCACGAUAAGUACGGUUGGGUGACCCCCAGUCUAGCUGAUGGUUAAUUUUACUCAGAUCAAAUCCGUUCCGAUUUUAAACAUGUUAUCUGAUUUUUUUCAGAAUAGAAUAUUUUAUAAACCACUGAGAGAUCCUGGCUAAAAUAAUAACUAGAUUUUUUUUUCAUGAACCAUAUCUAGCACAUUCAACAAUGUUACCAUAACAUAGCUAGUUAAAACUGUAUAGUGAUCUUUAAUGAUUUCUAAUUGUCUAUCUAUUAAAAAUGUGCAUAAAACAAAUCCUUACGAUAAAGACAAAUUGUGCGAUAUCGUCACAAAUAUGCAUUUUUUAAGAAAAAAGUUAUUUACAAAAUAUAUGCACAAUUGUAUUUUCUACAAAAAGUGUUAUUAUAACUUUUCCUUAAAGUGGCCACAAAGCAAGAUAUUUUACAUUUUCGAGCCCAUUGUCAAAAACUAAAAACACAAAUUUUGUGAUAUCGUCACAAAUAUGCAUUUUACAAAAAAAGUUAUUUUUUAAAAAAUGUGGAAUGUUAUUUCAAAAAACGCCAUUAAAACUCAAAAAAUUGCCACAAAUCAAAGAAUUUUACAUUUUAGUGGAAAACUAAGGGAUUGUUUUAUAAAAAUAAUUAUAAUUACAAUAUAUUCAUCUAUUAUACUCGUGUUUAGAGAAUUUAGUACAUAUACAUGUAUGUUACAAUAAUCAAAAAUGAUAUCAUAAAAUCAAUUUCAUUAUACUUUCCAGAAAAUACGUAUUGUUAUCAAAAUGCCAAAAUUGAUCUUAUUGAUUAAGAUAUCUAGUAAGUAAAUUGAUUUUAAAAUUUAUAUUAGUAAAAUAAUAGAAAAAAAUACUGUUAUAUUUUUCGAAAUGUUACUUAUACAAUAUAAAUAAGUAUAAUUUUUAAAUUAAUUAAAAAACUAGCCCCAGUAUUUAUACUUAUAGUUAAGUUGAUUGUUUUGUGAUAUUAGUUAAGUUUUUGAAACAAUUUUCGCUCAAUUUAUUUUAAAUUAAAAUUCAUUGCAUAAAACAUAAAAGCUCAAAAAUUUAUUGAAUAUUACGUCUAGUAUACCAAAAAAAUGUAAGUUAGGCUCAUAAAACAUAUAUUUUGUGUAAAAAAUUAAUGUUAACAUGUCCAUCAGUAUUAAAAUAAUUCCAUUGUUAGUGCUAUUUCAUCUUAAAUUAGGUAUAAUUUACUUUUUAUACAUAUUUUUCGUCUUCCAUGUUAUUUUCUUUAUUUACAAAUAGAUUUAUUCUAUUUUAAAUGGUUGUUAUUUAAAUAUAUGUAAUAUGUGUUGCAUAA